AAAGCUCAACGCUCUUUUCCCUCCCUCUUAAACCUCAGAAUCAAACUUUCAGUUGCAGAGCCAACAUCCCCAAAUCAAUAACCCUAGAAUUCUACUUCAGAAAACGCACACAAAAUCCAUGUUACUUUGAAGAAUUGAGUCUGACUAUCCGUAGGAAGCAUACAUGGGUCGAUCUGAACCUUGCGUUCUGUUCGCUCAGACCUUCGUUCAUCCCCAACUCGACGAGUACGUCGACGAGGUAAUAUUUGCUGAACCAGUAAUUAUCACUGCUUGCGAGUUUCUUGAACAGAAUACCGCCUCAGCGUCUCAAGCAGUAUCCCUUGUGGGGGCGACCUCACCUCCUUCAUUUGCUCUAGAAGUGUUUGUUCGAUGUGAAGGGGAAACAAAAUUUAAGCGGCUUUGCCAUCCUUUUCUUUAUUCUCCUUCUGCACCAUAUCCGCUAGAAGUUGAGGCUGUUGUGACUAAUCAUUUGGUUGUUAGAGGCAGCUAUCGAAGUUUAAGCUUGGUCAUAUAUGGAAACAUUGUAAAGGAUCUGGGGCAAUACAACAUCAUACUUGAGGAUCGCUCUGUGACUGAUCUUGUUAGUUCCGCUGAAGGAAAUCUUGAGGACUUGCCAUUGGUAUUACAUUCAAUUAAUCGCACUAUUGAGGAAUGCAUAUCAUCUCUGAACAUAUUAUUCAAGGAACUGGAGCCAGCCAUUGAGACUACUGGAGCUUCACCGCUGAAUCUUGCAAUAUUUCACUCAGCUGCUGAGAUUUUUGAAGUCAUUGUAACUGAUUCAUCUGCAACUUCUCUCUAUUCUUGGAUUGGACAUGCUAUGGAACUUCAUAAAGCUUUACAUUCUUCUUCUCCGGGGUCCAAUAGGAAAGAUGCUCCAGCACGGCUGUUAAAAUGGAUAGAUGCUGGUGUAGCUUAUCAUAAAAACGGGGUUAUUGGUCUUCUACGGUAUGCUGCCCUCUUGGCUUCUGGAGGAGAUGCUAACUUAUCCUCAACGAGCAUUCUUUCUCCAGAUUUGACUGGUGUUGAGAAUGUUGUUGGAGAAACUUUGGGUGUUCCUGACAUUAAUGUUGUGGAGAAUCUUGGAAAAAUUAUAUCUGAAAAGUCUUUUGAUGGUGUUUCACUUCAUGACUCUUCCAUCGCACAGUUGACGACAGCAUUUCGAAUUUUAGCAUUUAUUGCAGAGAACUCAACGGUUGCUGCUGCUUUAUAUGAUGAAGGUGCUAUAACAGUUGUCUAUGCUGUCAUUUCAAUUUUGAUUGAAACUUUACAUUCAGUCAAGGAACUGGAGCCAGCCAUUGAGACUACUGGAGCUUCACCGCUGAAUCUUGCAAUAUUUCACUCAGCUGCUGAGAUUUUUGAAGUCAUUGUAACUGAUUCAUCUGCAACUUCUCUCUAUUCUUGGAUUGGACAUGCUAUGGAACUUCAUAAAGCUUUACAUUCUUCUUCUCCGGGGUCCAAUAGGAAAGAUGCUCCAGCACGGCUGUUAAAAUGGAUAGAUGCUGGUGUAGCUUAUCAUAAAAACGGGGUUAUUGGUCUUCUACGGUAUGCUGCCCUCUUGGCUUCUGGAGGAGAUGCUAACUUAUCCUCAACGAGCAUUCUUUCUCCAGAUUUGACUGGUGUUGAGAAUGUUGUUGGAGAAACUUUGGGUGUUCCUGACAUUAAUGUUGUGGAGAAUCUUGGAAAAAUUAUAUCUGAAAAGUCUUUUGAUGGUGUUUCACUUCAUGACUCUUCCAUCGCACAGUUGACGACAGCAUUUCGAAUUUUAGCAUUUAUUGCAGAGAACUCAACGGUUGCUGCUGCUUUAUAUGAUGAAGGUGCUAUAACAGUUGUCUAUGCUGUUCUGAUCAAUUGCAGCUUCAUGCUUGAGAGAUCCUCAAACAUUUACGAUUACCUUGUUGAUGAUGAUCAUGAAUGCAGUUCAAUAUCUGAUUUUCUCUUAGAACGUAACCGGGAGCAGAGCUUGGUUGAUUUGUUGGUUCCUUCUCUUGUACUGCUGAUCUCUCUUUUACAGAAAUUACAGGAAACUAAGGAGCAGCAUAGAAAUACAAAACUAAUGAAUGCACUCUUACGGUUGCAUCGAGAAGUAAGCCCGAAGCUUGCUGCUUGUGCAGCAGACUUAUCCUCACCUUAUCCUGAUUCUGCUCUUGGUUUUGGAGCUGUUUGCCAUCUUAUUGUUUCAGCACUUGCUUUCUGGCCGAUAUAUGGGUGGACUCCUAGCCUUUUUCACUCCCUUCUUAUCACUGUUCACGCAACAUCUCUACUGUCUUUAGGCCCAAAGGAGACUUGCAGUUUCCUUUGCCUUCUGAAUGAUUUAUUUCCUGAAGAAGGUGUAUGGCUUUGGAAGAACAGCAUGCCCUUGCUGAGUGCGCUAAGAACAUUGGCUGUCGGGACAUUACUGGGUCCUCGGAAGGAGAGACAGAUCAAUUGGUAUCUGGAGCCUAGCCAUCUUGACAAGCUGCUUAGCCAGUUGACACCGCAGCUUGAAAAAGUUUCCCAGAUAAUCCAACAUUAUUCUAUAUCUGCACUUGUGGUCAUUCAAGACAUGCUUCGAGUUUUUAUAAUUCGCAUUGCUUGCCAGAAAGUUGAAUAUGCAUCUUUGCUUCUACGCCCAAUGCUGUUAUGGGUCCAAGAUCAUGUGUCUGAUUAUUCUUCAUCAGAAACGGAUACUUAUAAGGUUUAUAGCUUACUGGACUUUCUUGCCAGCUUAUUGGAGCAUCCACGUGCCAAAUUGCUAUUGUUGGAGGAAGGUGUGGUUCAGAUGUUUAUGGGAGUGCUGAAGAGGUGCUUUGAUGUUACUGAUACUAAAGGAAAGCAAAAUACAGAGGAUAGAAAUUCUACUAAAAAUGAGUUUAGUUUGUCUAGUUGGUUUGUCCCAGUGUUCAAGUCAGUAUCACUAUUAUGUAAUUCUCAACCAUCCCUACGGUACCGCCAGAGGCAUGAGUUGCACAAAUUUGACAACUUGAGUGCUGAAGACUGUUCAUUGAUUUCCCCUUAUCUCCUGAAGUUCUGUCAGGUGCUACCGGUUGGAAAGGAGUUACUCUCUUGUCUUACAGCUUUAAAAGGACUCGUUUCCUUCAAUGAAGGGAAAAAUGCUUUAGUGUCUGUUCUGGUUCAUCUGCAGUCUAGCACUGAUCGUCACGAACCAGAGAGACAUCAUGAAAGCAAUAGGAAUUCAGAUCUUCUUAAUGAAUUUGAAUUGAAGAACUACCCCCCUUUGCUUUGUUGCUGGAGGAAGUUGUUAAAAUCAGUUGAAUCAAAUAAUGAAUUGUCAAGCUAUGCAAUUGAAGCUGUACAUACCUUGUGUUUAGGUUCCUUGAACUUUUGCCUGGAUGGUAAAAGUUUGGACCUGAACAGGAUCUCCACAUUGAAAUAUCUUUUUGGUCUUCCUAAUGAUAUAGAUGGGACAGACGCCUUUCCUGAAGAAAGAAUAAAUUGCAUACAAGAAUUGAUUCCUUUGUUGAGUGCAAAGAUCAGUUAUGAUGACUAUUCAGCUAAUUCUUAUAUGAAUACCACUUUGCACCAGGCUUUAGAGCUAGCGAAGUCAUUACUUUUGUUGCUGGAAAAGCCUACUGAUGCAAAUAAGGUGGAUGAUAUUGUUUCCACUGAAAAAUUUUUGACCACUCCAAAGAUUCUUUCAACGGCCCAUGUCUCUGCUGAGCAUGCUAACAGUGAUCUUUAUCUAGGAGUACUGGGUAAGUUUUGUUGGGAAUGUCCAGAAACAUUACCUGAGAGAUUAUCACAGACAACUCUUCCUAUAAAAAGAAAAAUGCCGCCAGCGGAAGGCUCAAACCGACGGGGUAGAGGAGACAACUCGCCGGCAGAGAUCUCAACCCAGAAUUCAAUUUCACGGGGUUUAGGUCCAUCUACCACCCCAUCUGGUCCUACUCGUAGGGAUACGUUUCGGCAAAGGAAGCCUAAUACCAGCAGGCCCCCAUCUAUGCAUGUGGAUGACUAUGUUGCAAGAGAGAGGAGUGCUGAUGGUGGUGUUGCUUCUAAUGCCAUAACGGUUCCACGUGUAGGGUCGACUAGCGGGAGACCUCCAUCAAUUCAUGUUGAUGAAUUUAUGGCCAGGCAAAGGGAGCGGCAGAGUUCUUCUGCAAUGGUAGUUGGGGAGGUAGCAGCACUGUUGAAGGAUGCAACUCCUGCAAAUGAUAGAGAUAUGGAAAAGGUCAGCAAAUCUAAGCAGUUGAAAACAGAUCUCGAUGAUGAUCUUCAGGGAAUUGACAUAGUAUUUGAUGGCGAGGAGUCUGAAUCUGAUGACAAGCUACCUUUUCCUCAGCCAGAUGAUAAUUUGCAGCAGCCUGCUCCUCUCAUGGCUGAACAAAAUUCUCCUCAUUCAAUUGUUGAAGAGACAGAGAGUGACAUUAAUGAAAGUGGACAAUUUUCUCAUAUAGGUACGCCCUCGGCAUCUAAUGUUGACGAAAACACCCAGAGUGAGUUUUCUUCAAGAAUGUCAAUCUCACGCCCUGACAUGCUAUUGACUCGAGAGCCAAGCGUUUCUUCAGAUAAGAACUAUUUUGAGCAAUCUGAAGAUUUCAAGAAAGUUGUGCCUGUUAAGAACUCAAGUGGGCCUGAUUCUGCUCUCACAGCAAACAGUACUGGGUUUUCUACUCCCAUUUACAGUAAUGUACCAGCAUCAUCAAUACAAGUGCCUGGUGAUUCUAGGGGAAUUCCACAAAAUUACUUUCCAAAAAAUAGUCCGCAACAUACUGGGAAUGGUCAUGUUGUUCUCAGUUCUCGGAGAAUUUAUGACCAGAAAGCUCUUCCUAAUCAACCUCCAUUACCUCCAAUGCCGCCUCCAUCAUCGAUUUCACCCAUAAUUUCUCACACUCCAGAGUCUAUUGCCAAUCAGUCGUCUGCAUUUCCUAAUCCAGGAACAGACAUGCAGGUGUCUGUUCCAGCAGCUUUCCAAGUCCAUUCUGAUUAUCCUUCUGCAUUCAAUAAUAGUCCUAGUUUACUACCGUCUUCCCUUCCUAUGCCAGACCCCAAGUUUCCAAGGCCCUCUAUCUCUUCUCCUGGUGGAUCUAUAUGGCCUCCUCCACCGCUUCCCUCAACACCACCUCCAUUCUCGUCUAGUGCAUAUAAUUUAGUACAGUCAAGAGCUUGUAGCUCCCAAUCUUUAGCAUACAAUCAAACUAGUGCAGGAACAGGCGAGCUUCCCCAAAGCUCUACCGUGCCAAUUGAUUCUCAAUUAGGUAAUCUUUCUGGAUCAGGUGCUGGGAUGACUUCUUGUCCACCGCCUCCCCUUAUGCCAUCAUUGGUUUUCAAUCGGCCGGCUUCCAUGCCUGUGCCCUUCUUUGGAAGCACUCAAUCUCAGCAGCAGGGCGAGCACCCACCUAAUAUUUUGCAGAAUCUCUCAAUACCUCCAUCAUCCCUUCAACAAAUACAUUCCCAAUCACACUUGCAAUCCAUGCAGCUUCCACAGCUUCAAAGACCUCUGCAGCCACCUCAGCAUAUUAGGCCACCCAUAAAAACGUCUCAACCAAUAGACCAAGGGAUUUCCCUACAAAACCAUGUACAAAUGCAAAUUCAUCCAUUGCAAAUGCUGCAACCACCACAAGUUUCCUCAAUUCAAACUUAUUACCAAUCCCAGCAGCAGGAAUUCUCGCAGGCACCGCAACAGCUGCAGGUUGAACCUGCUCAUCCACAAGUUCCACAACAGCAAGGGGGUGGAAUAUCCCAGCUACAACAGGAUUCAGGAAUGUCAUUACAUGAGUUCUUCAAGUCUCCAGAAGCUAUUCAGUCAUUACUGAGCGAUCGAGAUAAACUAUGCCAGCUUUUGGAGCAGCAUCCAAAAUUAAUGCAGAUGCUUCACGAAAGGUUGGGCCAGCUAUAGCAAGAUGUUUGGAACUUACAACUGUAAAUCUACCGUGGGAACUGCUUUCAACAUCUGGGCUUUGCUCAUGUAAUUUGUUGUAGAACAUGGAACAUUCAUUAUUGGGGAAAACCUUCCUCGCUCCAGUCAGUUUUCAUCCGGUUCUAUCUCCACUAAAUUUUGUAUAAAUAUGUACAUUCACCUGCUGUAUUAUUUAUGGUAGGGCGUCAGAUGGUUCUGAAGUUGCUCGCAAUACAGAAAAUUUCUAACCCCUUGUAGCAUCUAGUAGUUGAAAUAAUACCUUGCGGCUAGAUUUGGAUUUUCAGCCGA